AAGAAGCUGGGCAGCAGGAGAGCUGAUCCAGAGUCAGUUAAUCGGACCCCCAGCAUCGCAGACCCCCAGGACUCUGAGCGGAGAGCCGCUCCCGGACCAGCACAGCGGGGCCAGCAGGUCAGCGGCUGCAGCAGCUCCGCAGCGCCCGGUCUCUCGCUCUGCUCGGGGCUUUACUGACUGCGGAGCGGCGGGAGGACUGACUUCCUGUUGCAAGUCCUUGAUCUGCUCUUCGCUUUCCGCUCAAGCCUCCAAGAGAAGAACGUCAAACUGCUGCGAUCAGAAGAGAUUAAAUGGGAGAAAAUGGCUUCCAGCAGAAGCUCUGGCUCUCAGCAAACAUCUUCUGGUACUGUUUACAGCAGCACAGCUCUCAGUGCAGGCAAAGAGAGACCUCACAUCUGCUUAGCGUGCGGGAAGAGUUUUAAAAAGCAGAGUCAUCUCAAAAUACACCAGCGCGUUCACACGGGAGAGAAGCCGUAUCGGUGCUCAGACUGCGGACAGAGUUUCUAUCAGCGGAGUAACCUGCAAACACACCAGCGCAUCCACACAGGAGAGAAGCCGUUCUACUGUUCGGAGUGCGGGAAGAGUUUUUAUCAAAAGAGUCAUCUCCGAAACCACCAGCGCAUCCACACAGGGGAGAAGCCCUACCAGUGCACUGAGUGUGGGAAGAGUUUUACUAUACAAGGCACUCUCCAGAGACACCAGCGCAUCCACACAGGCGAGAGACCGUAUCAGUGCUCAGAGUGUGGGAGGAGCUUUAGUGACAAAGGUAACCUCAGAACACACCAGCGCAUCCACACAGGAGAGAGGCCGUAUCGGUGCUCGGAGUGUGGGCAGAGCUUUACGGACAGGUGCAAUCUCAACAAACACAUGCGCAUCCACACCGGCGAGAAGCCGUAUUACUGCUCGCUGUGUAGGAAGAAUUUCCGUCAACUGAGCGGCCUCCAAAAACAUCAGCGCAUCCACACAGGAGAGAAACCACAUUACUGCCUGGAAGGAUGAGGAGCGUCAGGAGUUUAGGGUUAGGGUUAGUUCAGUCCCUCAACUCCAAGGACAACGUUUUCACACACAACAGCCUCUAGAGUUUACACAGGAUGGUACACAAAAACGUCCAGUGAGCAGCAGAUGAUGAGAGGUCACAGAAGAACGGACAGAGUUGUUCAGAAAAGCAUCUCUGAACAAGACGAGUAGCACAUUUUACCUUAGGCUAGUUGUGCUACAACAGAAGAAGACCACAGUGUGUUCCACUCCAGUCAGCCAAGAACAGGAGCCUGAGGCAAACUGGACAGCUGCAGACUGGAAAAAUCUGGGAAAUUUGAUUUCUGCUAUGACGUGCAGAUGUUAGAAAGUGUUAGAAUUUGGCAUAGGCAGCAUGAAUCUUUGGACCCAAACUGCAUUACAUUACCAGUUAAGGCUGGUGAUGCUUUCUUGGAACAUGCUGGAUCCCUGAAUACCAGUCAGCACCCUUUAAAUGCACUAGAUUGGAUGUCCUGAAAUCUCAUACAAAGAUCUUGGGAAUGUUCUUCGACUCAAAACCCAAAUAUGAGCAACAGAUAUCAGCAUGUGGUGAGAGUUUCUACCAACACGUCUGCAACCGACGCAGAACUUGAUUUACAUGUUAUAAUUGUUUGUGGUCAUAUUUUAAAGCUCUAAAUUGGCCGUAGAGGCGUAUUGUGUAUUGAUUUGUACUACAUUGUAGCGGCUUAAAGCAACUCUACUUUUUGGUUCUCUAGGCAAAUCUGGUACCAGGUACUCCACGCGAGCUGAGCCAAUAUGAAAAGGUUACAUGGAAAAACUGCAGACUGCUAUUUGCUCGGAGAGGGCCGUCACUGUCACCCUAAACGCAUACACUGAUCAGGCAGAACAUUCUGACCACCUCCUCGUUUCUGCGCUCACUGUCCAAUUUAUCAGCUCCACUGACCGUAUAGCUGCUCUCUGUAGUUGGGUAGUGGGUGGUGCGUCAUUCUCA